AUUCACUUUCAUUUUCACGUUUUUAUCUUGGAGAGAAGAAAAAGAUCAAGAUAUUCAGGGGAGAAUAGGGUUCUAAGAACGAAUCUGUAACUUUGAAAUUGGCCGUGAGGACGGCUUUGAAACGACUCGAGGCGGGGUUUUAGGGUUUGAAUCUUUUGAGUCUCAGCGAUUUCGAACUAGGGUUUAUCCUGAAUACAUUUUCUGGAAAGCACAUUUUCAAAUCUGAUAGGAUUUGGCCGCGGAAUCAUCAAAUUCCGAAGAACACCCAAUCAGAAUUUCCACGAAGCUGGACGACUGGUUCCGAUAGCAACAUUGACGGAAGUAGCAGCCGUGAAAAGGUUAGUGUGGCCCACACUGUAAAGGGAAGCUACCUCAGAGAAUUUGGGGUCAGUGCAGAGAGCAUAACCAACAAAGGCUGAGCAAGAGUCAGGAUUAACAAUGACAAUCAUAUGGCGGAAAAUUGCAAGUUCAGGCGCAUUGGCAUCAAUGGAUACGGGACAUUCUUAUACUGUGGCCAAGAAGAUUGACGGGCUUAGUUUUGGUCUGGACUUGGUAAUUCAACUUAGAUACAGGUGUUCCUUCUUUUCAUGCUUCCGUCCGCAUCAACAAGUGUUUUCGCCGGUGAAGACCUCCAGAGUGAAAAAUUUAGGAAAACAAUUAAGACACGUUACGCAGAUCCAGAGAAUUCUUUUUGAUUUUGUUUCCUCAGGACCAGACGGUGAAGGCCUUGAGUUCAACCGGUAAAGAAGAUAGGAGAAUGUGCAUAAUGCAAAACUGCAAUGUUCAACAUGAUCUUACUAUUGUUGACUGAAAUGCUUAGUUUUUUUUUUUUUUUUUGCAAAUUGAAAAUUUAUUAAAGUAUUUCUGUUGUUCACUGAACAAGGUACAAUGUGCAUCCUAUAAAAAUACAAUGUUCAUCUUCAAGUCAUCGUUCUUCAUUGUGAAAAAAAUUAUGUAUAUACAUCCUGUUAAACCAGAAUAUUCAUUCUAUUAAACUACACUCUGGUGCAAGAUACCCCGGUAUUUAAGUUAUGAAGCCAAACCGCCUCGGGGGCAAAAAAAGCUUCUGAUGUACCUUUUGCUGGACCGGCACAAUUUGAAGUCAUUAAGAAUUGGAGAGCAGGUAUAUAAUAAUGUUGUCAAUGUUUGGGCGCUUCAUCUAAAUGAAUUGGAGAAGAAAUUGAACUCACCGAUGAAGAAGUAUUUUUUCACCUCCUCGGUGCUU